AGGACGAAGGACCACAGGCAUUUAAGCUGUCACUGCACUUCUAUACACUGUGCAUUCUCCCUUUUGUUUCAUUCUUUUCUUCUGCUCCUAACUCGGGUUGGUGAUGGUGGGCAUGAAACAUUCAAUGCUCCCACCAAGCACAAGCAGCAAUGUCUGGUCGUCACCACCACCACCACCAAUUCCACCCACCCACGCAUUGAGUUCUGACGCCCGGAAAGAGAAGUAAUAUGGAUGGAAAGCCAGACAGAGAGACAAAGCCUGGGCCUGUACCACGUGCUUCCUCUUCCUAUUUAUUACCUCUUCACCGGCGGAACUCCCCACCAAUUCAAUACCCCUUACCCACUCGCUGUUGUUCAUGCUACUGCUCGCGUUAUGCUACUACCCAACGGCCACGCCGAGGGCGGUGACCGCACCCCUCCCCGUCGUCGUCGCCGUUAGUGGAGUCUUCUGGCCUCGCGGAUGGACUGACCGCCGUCUAAAAUGAGAAUCUGCCGUUAUCUAUUUUCCCUCGUUGUCGUUGUCGUCGUCUUCAGCGGGUCGGCGCCGCCGGUGGCGGAGGCAUCGACGUCGGAGAAGGAGAUACUUCUCGAGUUCAAGAGCAACGUGACGUCCGACCCCGGCGGCGCGCUCGCAUCGUGGGUCGCCGCCGGCGACCCCUGCCGCGACUUCGCCGGCGUGUUCUGCAACGACGCCGGGUCCGUGGUGAAGAUCCUUGUCCACGGGGCCAACCUCGCCGGGGCUAUCCCGGCCUCUCUGUCCGGCCUCGGGUCCCUUCAGAUCAUCUCCCUCUUCGGCAACCGCUUCUCCGGCGGAGUGCCGCCGGAGUUCGCCGCGAUCCAGACGCUCCACAAGCUCAAUGUCAGCCGCAACGCCCUAUCCGGCGGCGUCCCGGGGUUCCUCGGCGGCCUUCCCGGCCUCCGCCUCCUCGACCUCUCCUACAACGUCUUCUCCGGCGAGAUUCCGGCCGCUCUCUUCAGCCAAUGCGUCAAGACGCGGUUCGUGUCGCUCUCCCACAAUGCCCUCUCCGGCCCGAUCCCCGCUGACAUCGCCAAUUGUUCGAGGCUGGUCGGCAUCGACUUGUCCUUCAACAAUCUUACCGGAGAACUGAUCCCUCAGAUCUGCGAGCCGCCUGACAUCAACUACAUCUCCGUGAGGGACAAUUCGCUGUCGGGAACCGUCACCGAUAAGAUCUCAAUGUGCCAAAGCCUCGAACUUUUCGAUCUCGGCAGCAAUUCCUUCUCCGGAACGGUGCCUUUCAAUCUUCUUAGCCUCCAAAAUCUUAGCUACUUCAACAUGUCAUCUAAUAAAUUUCAAGGGGAAAUACCAGAGGUUAGUGUUUGUAGUGAGAAAUUAGGGUUCUUUGACGUCUCCGGCAAUGAAUUGAGCGGUGGAAUUCCACCGAGCAUAGCAAAUUGUGGAGCGCUCAGGUUUCUUGACUUAGGGCUUAACAAUCUCAGCGGAAGCAUUCCGCUGGAAAUUGGGAGCUUGAAGUCGCUCUCUGUUCUUAGGCUAGGGAACAAUGCUGGAAUCGGGGGUUCGAUUCCUGCCGAGCUCGGAGGGAUCGAGUUACUUCAGAUUCUGGACAUUCAAAAUCUUCAGCUCUUCGGGGAGAUUCCAAUCACCCUGAGCCAAUGCAGAUUCCUCCUUGAGCUGGAUGCAUCGGGCAAUCGCUUGGCCGGAGGAAUCCCAGACACCCUCUAUAACAUGACCUAUCUCAAACACCUCGAUCUGCACCGGAACCAGCUCAAUGGGAUCAUCCCCCCAACCCUGGGCCAGCUCUCAAAGCUUGAGUACCUCGAUCUUUCGGAGAAUUUGCUCACUGGAGUGAUACCUGACUCUCUUGGAGGUCUGACGUUGUUAACUUUCUUCAAUGUGUCUUACAACAACCUCUCCGGGGCGAUUCCUUCUGCAACCACGAUCCAACAGUUUGGACCUUCGGCGUUCUUGAACAACUCAUUACUCUGUGGGCCUCCGCUGACUACCCCUUGUUCUUCGGGCAACGUCUCUCGAAGAACAAGACUAUUGACUGUCCCUGCUAUUAUAGCCAUCGUUGCUGCUGCUAUCAUACUUAUCGGCGUCUGCAUUGUCACGGUCAUGAACAUCCGGGCAUAUGGGAAGAAGGUAGUGGAGGAAGAGAUUUUGGUUUCUGAGAGCACUCCUCCUGCUUCAACAGGCUCGAACGUGAUCAUUGGAAAGCUGGUUCUUUUCAGCAAGACUUUGCCGUCUAGGUAUGAAGACUGGGAGGCAGGAACCAAGGCAUUGCUCGAUAAGGACUGCAUGGUUGGUGGUGGAUCCAUCGGCACUGUGUACAAAGCCACAUUCGAGGGUGGAGUUUCAAUCGCGGUGAAGAAGCUCGAGAGCCUAGGCAGGAUACGGAACCAGGAAGAGUUUGAGCAGGAGAUUGGCCGACUUGGUAGCCUCGGGCACCCCAAUUUAGUUGCAUUCCAUGGUUACUAUUGGUCAUCCACUAUGCAGUUAAUUCUAUCAGAAUUUGUUCCUAACGGAAACCUAUAUGAUCACCUCCAUGUUUCUCGUCGUCUAUACUCGGGCAGCGGUAGUAGCAGUGGCAGAGGUGAGUUGUUGUGGUCUAGGAGGUUCAAUAUAGCUAUUGGAACAGCAAGGGCUCUUGCAUAUCUGCAUCAUGACUGCAGGCCCCAAGUCCUGCAUCUUAAUGUCAAGUCUACUAACAUACUUUUAGAUGAAGGGUAUGAAGCAAAGCUAUCGGAUUACGGGUUGGGGAAACUGCUACCGAUCCUGGGUAGCAAUGCUUUAACCAAGUUUCAUACAGCAGUGGGUUAUGUUGCUCCAGAACUGGCUUCUCAGAGCUUGAGAUAUAGCGAUAAGUGUGAUGUCUAUAGCUUUGGGGUAGUUCUACUGGAGAUUGUGACGGGGAGGAAGCCGGUGGAAAGCCCAGGGGCAGCUAAGGUGGUGGUAUUGCAGGAUUAUGUUAGGGGAGUGCUGGAGGAUGGAACAGCAUCUGAUUGCUUUGAUCGGAAUAUGAGGGGUUUUCUAGAGACCGAAUUGAUUCAGGUACUUAAGUUAGGGUUAAUUUGCACUUCCGAAGCCCCAUCGAGGAGGCCAAGAAUGGCAGAAGUUGUGCAGUUUCUGGAGUCGAUCAGACCCAGUUCAUGAUCGGACUUUGCAGGGUAAUCAUGAAUUGGGUAUUUGAUGACUAAUUGAUGAAACAGGAGACUGGAUAAAAAUCCCUCAAAGCCAUUAGAAAAAAUUACAUUCUUUUUUAUUUCUGAUUUUUUUUCUCUGAUCACAAUUGUCAUUGUAUUUCCAUGUGAAACUUCAGAUUUUUCUCGGAGUAAAAAAUAUUUUUUCAUUCGUCGCAAUCUAUUCAA